GAGGGCAACGCCUCACAGCACCGGGAGUCUCUCUCUAUCUCCAUCUCUCUCUCUCUUUCCCCCCUUCCUCUGUCUCUGAAGCGUAAAAACCAAAGGACUCACAUCUCCCAUUCAGUCUCUUCUGUAUGUGGCAGAAUUAAGGCGACUCUCACGUUUUUUAAGCCGCUCUUUUCCUCACUGUCUAGAUUUCUUCUCCUUUUUUUAACCCAUGUAACAUCUCUGCUGUCCAAAAGGAUAAACUGUUGAUUGAAAACCAGGAUUAUUUUUGUUGCUCCUGGUCCUCCACGAGGCCACAUCGUUUACUUGGAGUCAUCUUUGUUCUUGUGCUCACAGCUGCUGAGUGUACAGUGGCUGCUAUAGUGGGGAAAUAGGUUAGUGUGUCUGUUUGGUGCCAGGCAGCAGAGGUGACUGAAUGUUAAGUGCACGGAGGAGACGGAGAGGAGAGGGAUGCCUUCCUGGUGACAGCGCUUUGUAGCCCUGUGACCGUUUGGCGAGAAGGUGACCAAGGAUGCUUUCACUGGACUCUCACCUUUAGCGAACGUGUCGGUGACAAAUCUGAAGACGACAAAGCAAAUAUCACAGCGACAUAAGACAGCCACACAUUUUUUUUCCCAAGUGGUGGAGCAGAGCUGACCCGUGUGUCUGCUGUAAGCGGACACUAUGGAUAUCAACCUUCAGUCUCACAGAUUUUACUUCCCUCAUAUCUACUGUGCCGAGCCCGGGGCUCAGCCACAGCUGACCGAGUUCAAAGUCAGUGAGCAGAGCAUCUGUCAGGCGCGAGCCUCCGUCAUGGUCUAUGAUGACACCAGUAAGAAGUGGGUACCCAUCAAACCUGGACAGCAGGGAUUCAGCCGCAUCAACAUCUACCACAACACUGCCAACAACACGUUCAGAGUGGUGGGCGUCAAACUGCAGGACCAGCAGGUGGUAAUCAAUUACUCCAUAGUUAAGGGGCUCAAGUACAACCAGGCCACCCCGACCUUCCACCAGUGGCGGGAUGCCAGGCAGGUUUAUGGCCUCAAUUUCGCCAGCAAGGAGGAAGCGACCACCUUCUCCAACGCCAUGCUCUUUGCCCUCAACGUGCUCAGUGCUCAGGAUGGAGGUCCAGCUGUCCAGCGCCAAGUCCAGAAUGGGCCGACAUCAGAUGAGAUAGAUGCUCAGAGAGCGAGGCAGAUGAUGGAGCAGCAGCAGCAACAGCAGAUGCAGGCACACAUGGAGCGGGAGCGACGGUCCUCUAACUCAGGUUCUCCUUUCCAAGGCCAUGCUGCUGUGCUCUCUGUGGCCCCACCAGUAGCACCUCCCCCAAUGAACAUGUGUGGCCCGCCUCCCCCAAUGAACAUGUGUGGCCCGCCUCCUCCGAUGAACAUGUGUGGCCCGCCUCCCCCAAUGAACAUGGGUGGCCCACCUCCUCCUCCACCACCACCAGGACCUCCUCCACCUUCAGCAGGUGCAUCCCAACCUCCACCGGGGGACGAGUCCUCCUCAGCAACGGGACUUGCUGCUAUGAUUGCUGGAGCCAAACUGCGCCGCGUUCAAAGACCGGAGGACAGCUCUUCAGGCACCAAAAACGAAGCCAACCGAACAAGUGGAGGGAGCGGGGGACUGAUGGAGGAGAUGAACGCUCUGUUGGCACGAAGAAGAAAAGCAGCUUCAGAGAAGCCUGAAGACAGCCAAAAUGACGAUCCAAAUUCUCCAUCACCCAGUACCCGGGGUGGACAAAACGCCACAGAUGGUGCAAAAAAGCCGUGGGACCGAGCAAACUCUGCAGACAGAUCAAUGGUUUCUCGGGUACGGCCUGUGGGGAGUGGUAGUGACACAGACUCGUUAGACCUCGACAGAAUGAAACAGGAAAUCUUGGAAGAGGUGUUUCGUGAAUUGCACAAAGUGAAGGAUGAAAUCAUUGAUGCCAUUAGACAUGAACUCAGUCGAAUUAGCACGACAUAAUCUUUCAGAGCCACUUUUCCCCGACAUCAACCACUUUGUUGAACCAUUGCCCGUACAACAGCUGCUGUGGCCCUGAGGAGGAGGAGGAGGAGGAGAAGUCAGGAGCCACAGUGGCCCUAACUGUGACAUCCAUUCACCCUGAUCAGCUGUGGUGUUGGAGCAACGCAGCAUUGUUGAUCUAACACCUCAGACAUGUAUGUUUAUGUUUGUAUUGGAGACAGAUGUGAAUGGGGCACUCUCGCACUGAUUACUCUGAUUUCUUGACAUUUUCUGUCUGUCUGUUGGCCUAGUUCACCCCUCUGUCCUCAGCCCAAAGGAAAAUUUAUAUGACUUUAUUUGCUUUGGGGUUUUUUCUCCCCCCACUGUUUUUUUUAAUUAUUAUUAUUACUAUCAAUUCCAUUCUUGUUACUGUCAUUUUUAUGAUUGUAAAUGUAUUGUUAAUAUGAGUAUAUGAGUAGUAGUAGUGUAGAGAGAGCAAUGGUAACAAUGAGGAAAUGAUAAUGAGAAUAUGAUAGUAAUGGUGAUCAUUAUUACACAUCAUUUUAUGUCAGUCUUAUUUUAGAUUGGUUUGUUUAAGAUACACCUAUGAGCACAUCAAAAUUGUUUAUCAUCAUUAGACCUUAAACAUUAAAACAAAAACAAAAAAGUUUUUAUCCUUUUUGCCAGCACAGUUAUGUGUGGAACCAUGGCAGAAAAAAAACAGGCAUGGACCUGACACCAAUGGUGGAAUAAACCUCUUUGGAUAUUGCAAUGGUAUGAAAAAAGAAAAGAAAAAAAAAAUACACCAGAGUAUUUGUGAUCAUGUUGUUAAUAAAAUGUUUAUUGGCUGCAAGGAUAUGGUGAAGUAUUGUUCAUUUUAUUCUAUCCUUUUAUGACAAAAGUGCUUCCUGGUUUGAAAAAAAGAAGAAGAAACGCACUGAGUUUAAAAUGAAUUCAAAUAAAACUGUGAACAAUGUCUUGGAUAAAUGAG